AAUAAUUUCCUCGAAGUUAUUUGAUAGUUUUAUUCAAUGAGAGAGUAAUUUGAUCAUUUCAAUAGGUGAAAGCACAUUAGUGAAAAUGUAGUUUGACCAAAUUAUAUUGUCUUAUAUCUUUCAUCAAUCUAUUUUCGUCUUUUUGAUAAAUUCAAGUGUUGGAAGCAUUACUAUAACCAUUUCAAUCUGCUAUUGUGUCUUUUCACUGAAUAACUUUUACGCUUUUGACUGUUUGUUUUUGCUAUUUUGACUGUUUCAUACCUUUGAUUGAAUAACUCUGACAUUUUUGAUAAUUUAAAUAGGAUCUUUUAUCUUCGGUCAUAAUGACUAAAUGUAUUCAAUGAAAAUUCUUUUUCGUUGAUUACUGCAACGGUUUUUACCAAACUUUAUUUUUUUUUAAAGAAUGAUACAAAUUAUUAAAGAAAAUUCUUCUAAAUAUCCAAUGUUCAUGUCUUUAUUUAUGUUUUUUGUAAGAAUCAUUGAGGCAGGUGAAUGUUGCAGUUUUAUCAUAAUUGAAGUUAAUAUGUGUAUUUAUGUAAGUUAAAUUAUAUGAUUGUUAAAAGAAGAUAUUUCGGUUUUAUGGUAAUUGUAAUUCAAAACAUCUUGUUAUUAUAGCGCCAUGUAUAUUAAUCGUUAAACACAUGCUUGCACAGCCAUUAUAAUUUCUUAGGGGAAGCUAUACAUAUCAGGGAUAAAGUUUCAUAUAUAUAAUAUGUAGUGUAGAGUAUACAAUGCAAAUGCUUGAAGUUGAUCCACCCCUCUGUUGAGGUAUUCCAAAAUGACUGUAUUAGAUGAUGAUACUACUAAACCAUGAUGAUGUGUAUGUGCUUCCUUUACCCAACUAACAAAGAAAUUCAGGGAUGAUUUUUUCUCUGUGUGACAGACUUUUUGCAAUUCCGAGUUUUCUUGCCUUGCCGCAUGUUUCCAAAGGAAGGAAGGAAGUUUUGAGAGUAUACAACGAUAUGUUUACAAGAUGAGGGGAAUGUUUCUUUUUUCAAGUAAAGUUCUCUCACAGUCGUGGAUCAUUUCAGUGGAUAAUUUUUGCGUAAUUGCUAGUCUCUCGGUGAGGUAUGUAUGUAAUGCUUUUGGUCAUGUUUCGAAAGAGGCCCCGAGAGUUAGGUGAAUUCUCAAUUUUUCUCCUGAUGUUAUAUGCGGUGUGUCCGUCCAUCUUUCUCACUCAUGCUCUCAAUCAUCAAUGUUUUUUUUUCUUCUUGAGCUUCCUCGCAGUCGCGCGCUCUCUUUUGGGUUUGUGAACAUUGCAAAGUACACCGUCAUCAUUUCACCACCAUUCGAACCCACCGUGCGGUAGAGUACAAUUCAAGUUUUGUGCCGAGAGAAUUUACUCAAAUGUGCUAUGGGUUGGCUAUGUUGAUAUACCGUGCAACAUAUAUAAUGUAUAGAUAGGUGUAGGUAUAUAUAGUAUGGAUGUUAGAUAUAUAUAAUGUCCACAUAUAUAUAUGUUGAAUGGUUGGCGAGUGAGAUGGCAUGAGAGGUGAUGAAGUGGAGAGGAAGAGGGUUCAAAUAAAAAGACGAAGAAGAGUGGGCAAAAGCAAGAGGCAUAAUCUGCUGUGUUCUCUCUCUCCUCCGACAUUCGGAUCAAUAUUUUUAGUUAUUUUAGUCAUGCUGUCGUGUUAUAACCAAAUCGAAAUGGUGUUGUGUGAAUUCAGCCGAUAUUCCAAUUAUUAAACGUACAACAAAAUACGGUGAAAGAAGAAUUUAUUCUAUGUUAUGUAUAUAGAGGGGAAGAAAAGUUAAGAAAGAUUUAUUCUAACAUAGAAUUGUGGGGGAGUCUCUUUGAUUUUUAAAUUUUCCACCAUUGCACAGUGCUUUGUGUCCUUUUGCCAAGAAAAGAAAAAAAAGGAUAAAAAUCAUAUUUUUCAAGUGUUUUUGAAAGUGUUUAACCAGUGUGAAGUGUUUAAUUGACUAAAAAUCUGUCAAAAGUUUUUCGCCAAAAAUAUUGAUUGUUCCACUAGAAUAACAAAGUAAUUUUUUGUGUGAAAAAAAAAAGAAAUUUCUAAUUGAGGAGGAUUUAAAAGUAAACCUACCUAUGUAUAAAAAUGACGUGGAAUUCGUCAGGUGUCAGCAUUGGGUACUAUCCAUAUAAAAAAUGACUAUAUAGGUAUAUAUUGAUUUUAAUUUGCUAUAUUUCCACAUAUAUAUUUGUUCUCUCUUUACAUUACAUUUUAGUAGGUAUAACAAGUUAGUGGCAACAUUGUGUGCUAAAUGAGUGUGUAAAUUUAUAUUUCAAUCAAUCACUUAUCUGUUUUUUUUCUGUUUCUUUUUUUUUUCUUAAAUUAAAUUGAACGGUGCGUGCGAGAGAAAAUGGUGGUGAUGAUGGUAAUAGGAAAUGUGCCAAAGAUUUGUGCUUCAGGAGUAAUUUGUCGCCAUAUUCAUUUUCCCAAACCAACAAAUAGAUGGUGCCACGAAUCCAUGACCUUUUCGGUCGGUCGGUGUUCAAGUCCUAUAUACACUCUUUUGCUCAAUUAUACAUACCUCUCUCUCUCCUUCUUUUUCACUUUACAAUUAUGUGUACAUAUAUAUACUGUAGGUAGUAUAAUAUGUAUUUAAAAAAAAAAGUUCUCUAUUGAAAAGAGCCCCCGAUCGUUAUAUACAUUCAAAGUAUCUUAAGUUGUAUAUAUACCUACAUAUAUAAUACAACAAGUAGUGGAAAAAGAAGAAGAAAAAAUAUAGUACAUUUGUUGAUCGUUUUACACACAUCAAAAACGGUAUUUAACUCUCUCGUCGUUCUUCUUGUUUUUUUGUUCUCUCUGUUGUUUUCUUCAUAUUCCUCCGUAUUGCUUGCCUUCUUAUAAUUCCUCUACGAGAGCUUUUUAUUAUAUAGCUAUAUAGUAUGUAAACGUACACACAUAGUUGCUAUGUUGGACAAGAGAAUCGCGCACUCUAUAAAUAUAAAUCUCAUGGUGCUAUAGCAUGGAAAAAUGUAAAUUAUAGGAAUUUUAGAGAGAAGAGCAAAGAUGAAGAAAAAAACGAGUAUAGUAGCCUAUAAGUGAACACAUAAUGUUGCACCAUCUCACUCUAUCUUAUACUACCAAUCUUGUCGUCGAUGCGAAGAUGAAUUCUAAUUUGCUCUGUGUGUGCUUUGUACUUGAUCUUUUUUUUUCAUCAUCAACAAAGUGGACUCCUUCUGUACAUUUUGUUCGAUUUUUUUCGUGGAAUUCUCGUAUCUGUCGCGCAAUUUCUUACCAAAUGCGACCCAACAAAAUAAAUUCCAUUUAUUUAUAAUACACCCAAUAUAUACACACAACCAUGUUACAUAGCAAUUAUUGGUCGUAUCAGUAGUGCACUAGAGUUUGUUGGAGUAUGUGGACACUUUAUCGUGGAAAAUAUUGUGAGAUUUUUAUAAAGUCUUUGUAAUUUAUCUAAAAGAGAAAAAACUCCAUAAAUCAAAGUCAAAUAGGGUAAGGUGCACUAACAUUGAGCAUUUUAGAAGUAUUAUUACUUUUACUGUGUCAUUGAUUUGUUUGCUAUGUAUUUACAUAGUCUGAAUUUUGUGUUGCUAAGAAGUUAGUAAAUGUAAAGUACAUAGAUCUCUUGAUGAUAGAUUUUAAUCGUGAUACGUUAAAUCGACCGUCUUUUAGGCAUUUUUAUAGGCUUUUAAUUGUUUUACAAAUAUUCCGAAUAGUCAUUUUCAGAAACAAUAAUAAAGUAUUUAAUAAGAUAAACAUAAUUAGAUAUACGCCAUAAUAUCUAGAUAUCAACAUAGUUCGGUAUAUGUAGUGUCGUUGGGCUGUUAUAAAAUAGCUAUAAACUGGAAAGAUAAAAGUUUAGGAUGCUAGGAAAGAAUUUCGAAUUGGAUCGUAUUAGAAUGAAGAAAGGACGUAAACAACCUAUGUUGGUAUAGAUACCGAUUAAGGAUAUCAGUAUAGGAUGUAGCCGAAAACAGAAAGCUGACGGAUUUUUUGUUCUUUAUAAAAUUUUAAAAAAUAUUUUUAUUGCUCAGAGCUUUGCUCUAAGUUCAGAGCUUAAUUACAAAAAUUAUUACAAAUAAUAAUAAAAAAAUAGAAAAACUUAAGAUUUAUUUCUUCUUAAAACUGAACCAAGAUAUAAAACACCAAUGGCGUAGCCUGGGUAGGUAGAAAAAAAGAAAGUCAGACAACCUUGAUAUUCCUAGCCAAGAAAUUAUUUCCAAACGUUGAAUUAUUAGAAACAUUAGGAUUUUUUUCAAAAUCAAUAAUUACAUGUAAGAAUUUAAAAAUGAUUUUCCUACGUUGGAUAAGAAAUGUCAAACAAUGAAGUAACUAUCAAAUUUUAGAAAAAUGAGACGUCAAACAUUUGAAAAAAAAUGUUGAACGUUAGAAUGGAAGAACAUAAACAUUAAAUGUUUGAUGAUAAGAAACGUCAAAUUAAAGAAAAUUUUAUCAAAUAUUGAAAAAAAUAAUGUCAAACGUUAGAAAGUCAUUGAUUAUCAUUAGGAAAAAAAUCGAAUGCUAGAAAAUAAACGUCAGAUUAUUUAAAAAUGCAUUAACCUUUAUACUAUGGUUAAGUGAUCUGAAUCUUUUGAAGUGUCGACUAAUUGAAAGAUCGAUCUUUAUAAAGGAUUUUUACACUUUCUAAAACAGAUUUCUGACUACACCCCUGCAAAAAUUCAAACUUUUCUUUCUGAGUUUUUAAUUUUACUCAAAUUAUCUCAAAAUCCAACGAUAAUAUAAAAUAUCUCAACAGUACUUCAAAUACUUUAAAAGCCAAAGGGUAGACCCCAUUUUAGGUCAUUUUAAUUUAGGAGAGAUAGAGAUUAAUUCUACCCCUUCUACCACCUGAAAAAUUAAUAAUUUUAUUGCUUUCUUCUGCAUCAAACUUUAUUAAAUUGAUUAUAAAGAAAUUCAUUUCAUACAUAAUACUUCAUAUUGAUGGUUCUUCUGUCCCGAUUUCUCUUUGAAUUGGUUUUCACAACCUUCUAUAUAUACAAAAUAAUGCCUGAAAAUCAAUCUCUCUGUAUAUAUAGCUAAAAUUACACCAAGAGAGUCCAAUAGAAAAUCAAUAUUUAGCUCUUGCUGCAGAGUGUGCAAUCAUCAUAUAAAAUCAAUUCAAUUGCUGCUUCAACUUGCUCUACGAUUGCCAACAAUCUCGUGUGUAUAGUUUAAAUGAAAAAGAAAAAAAAAUGUUUAACUUGAUAUGUGGUUGUUUUUGUGAGUUAACCAGAAAUUAAUAUAUAAUGUGAAUAUGUGUGAAUGGAAAAAAUAAGCUUUUAUAUUGUGGAGAAAAAAAAAGAAACCCCGAUGUUUGUAUUGGGAAUUUUUCUUCUUCUAAAAGGGGCAACCCAACAACACUCAAUUUAGUGCCACAGAGAGCAAAGUAAAAAACUGUGUGAGAGUAAUAGCACACUCUUGAAAAUCGGACUAAAAUAAAACGAACUGAGAAGAAAAAAAAAAGACGAAACAGAAUAUUGAAGAAGUGAAGGAGACUUUAUAAGAAAAAUACUGAAAGAAAAAGAUGGGCAUGAGUGUGAGUAAAGUGCAUAAAGAAAAAAAAGUAUCUUCUGAGAAACAUGCAAAAUAAGUUGUUAAGAAAAAGUUAAGAACAGAAUGCGGCAAUGAGAAAAAAGUGAACAUUUUAUCAGAGCAUUAUCGGGCUAAAAAGACUAUUUUUCUGCAAGCGCUGUUACGACAAAUGCAUUUGUGAUGUGUAAUGGCGGCGUUCACAAUUCAGCGAUUCAGAAUGUCCGCUGGCACACAACUGCAGAUGGCACCGCAGACGACAAUAGUGCAGCAACAAGGUGGCCAGACAACAGUACAUAACCAGGACUCGAACAUGAGCACUGGAUCGUCUCACAGUGACAAGGAGCUGGAGUCUGGUGGUGGUGGCAGCGGUGGGACUGUAGCACCGGAUAAACUACCACGAACACCGUCGGAGAGGAAGAGGAAGCGAAAAGCUGAAUGUGAUAAUGGAAGUGGACCCGGUGGUGGGGGUAGUGGGAGCGGUGGUGGCGGUGGGAAUGGUAGUUUAACAAGUGGUCCGCCAUCGGUGACGAAUAGCAAAGGGCCGAGGAUGACACUACCGCUGUCCGAUGGGAAGAAGAUCAACGAUUACUUCCACAGUAAGCACCCAAGUAGUAGUCCCCAUAGGCAGCAUACAGGUGCCAAGAGUCCAUCGCCACAGCAUGGGAGCUACCCCAUGUUUCCCCCUAGUCCGCAACCGCCACUGACGAGCCUCAGCGGGGGUGUUCAGGAUAUAUUUAAGAUGCGUACGGCGCCUGCAUCGACAAUUGGGCCACCGUCGCAACUGCAAACCCUGCCACAGUGUCCACCGCCGGCGCAACAGGCGCCGUGUCCGCCGCCAACGGUGUCCAAGGGUACGCAAACGGAUUGGUCAUCGCAGGAUAUCCAGGAGAGGGAUACGGACCUCGAGACGAGCAAAAUCAAAAUUGAUGAACUCACGAGGCAGUCGGAUGAGCACAAGUGUCAAAUAUCGGCACAGCUGAAGGUGAUAGAGCAGCACAAGUCUCACAUAAAUAAGUGCAUAGAUGUUGUGAAGAAGCUCCUCAAAGAGAAGAGUAAUAUUGAGAAGAAGGAAGCAAGGCAGAAGUGUAUGCAGAACCGCUUGCGAUUGGGGCAAUUUGUCACGCAGCGCGUCGGGGCGACGUUCCAGGAGAAUUGGACGGAUGGUUAUGCGUUUCAGGAGUUGGCGCGGCGACAAGAGGAGAUUUCCACGGAACGCGAAGAGAUUGAUCGGCAAAAGAAGAUGCUGACGAAGAAGAGACCAUCGAAUACGGAAAGUGGGAGGAAGCGCAAUAAUUCCUCAACAUCAUCAGCAAGUAGCAGUGGUGUUAGUUCCGGCAAUAGUUCAACGACUGUUGCAGCAUCAUCGUCAACAUUGCACAAUGGUAGUGAUGCGACAUUUGUUAAACCGGAACCAGUAACCGGUGGCUAUACACUCCAGGAGUACUAUGAAUGUGAUGAAAUACUAAAGCUGCGGCAGAAUGCCCUCAAAAAGGAAGAUGCCGAUCUGCAGCUCGAGAUGGAGAAGUUGGAACGCGAAAGGAAUCUGCACAUUCGCGAACUAAAGCGAAUUCACAACGAGGAUCAGUCCCGCUUCAACAAUCAUCCGGUGCUCAAUGAUCGGUAUCUACUUCUAAUGCUACUCGGUAAGGGUGGCUUCUCUGAGGUGCAUAAAGCAUUUGACCUCAAGGAGCAGCGCUAUGUGGCUUGCAAAGUCCACCAAUUGAACAAAGACUGGAAAGAAGACAAGAAGGCUAAUUACAUUAAGCAUGCACUGCGAGAAUACAACAUUCACAAAGCGCUCGAUCAUCCGCGAGUAGUGAAGCUGUACGAUGUGUUCGAAAUAGAUGCCAACUCCUUUUGCACUGUACUGGAAUACUGUGAUGGUCAUGAUUUGGACUUCUAUCUGAAGCAGCACAAGACGAUACCGGAAAGGGAGGCGAGAUCCAUUAUAAUGCAGGUUGUUUCAGCGUUGAAGUACCUGAAUGAAAUCAAACCACCAGUCAUUCAUUAUGACUUGAAGCCAGGAAAUAUCCUCCUGACGGAAGGGAAUGUGUGCGGUGAGAUAAAAAUCACAGAUUUUGGAUUGUCAAAAGUCAUGGAUGAGGAGAAUUACAAUCCUGACCAUGGCAUGGAUUUGACGUCACAAGGAGCAGGAACUUAUUGGUACCUGCCUCCGGAGUGUUUUGUCGUUGGUAAAAAUCCACCGAAAAUAUCAUCCAAAGUCGACGUGUGGAGCGUUGGUGUGAUAUUCUAUCAGUGUCUCUAUGGGAAAAAGCCAUUUGGACAUAAUCAAUCCCAGGCCACCAUUCUCGAGGAGAAUACCAUCCUGAAGGCGACUGAAGUUCAAUUCUCGAACAAGCCCACAGUUUCCAAUGAGGCCAAGAGUUUCAUUCGUGGUUGCCUGGCGUACAGGAAGGAAGAUCGAAUGGAUGUAUUCGCCCUGGCGAGGCAUGAGUAUCUUCAACCACCGGUGCCAAAGCAUGGCCGACAGGCCAAUCAGCAGCAACAGCAGCAGCAACAACAGGCGCAGCAACAGCAAUCGGGGUCGGGUUCGCAAGCGUCCCAACAACCCGGGCAGACGUCCUUUUCCGUUGGGAUGUUUGGGAAUUUAAAUCAAUCCAGCUCAUCUUAGUCUGCCUCUGGCAAUCUCAUUGUCUCACAGUGAAGUUUUUCUUUUUUUUUUCUUUUCUUUUUUAUCCAAUGCAAAUUGAGAGAGAAAAUAAUAAAAAAAAAAAACAUCCAGAGCAUUUUGUGCUGGAUGUGGCGCCUGAAGAACAAUCUCUUUCUCAAAAUGGGACAUUUCGUGUGCACACGCCACGUUUCACGAGGAACAAGAAAAAAGGGUGCAAGAGUGCGCGCACUUUGAAGGAGGACAGAACGAAGAAAAAAAAAUCCGGUUGUGAUAACAAAAAAAAAAAAGUAAUCUGUAUAGAGUGUGUGAGUUUCUUUCGAAGUGGGAGGGGGUGGUGUGUUGUGGCAAAGUGCGUAUGAGGAAGGUGUGGUGAUGAAGGAGAUGAGGAGAUAAGAAAAAAAAACGGAGACAUCUGCAAGUGCGCUGCCGGGAGAAAUGGAGAGAGAGAGAGAGAAAGCUUUGGAGAUCUUCUUGCAUUGCGCGGUAUGUGCCCGGAGAAAUGACAAAAAAAAAUAAAAUGAAGAUAUUAAGAUUAAUGAAAAAAAAAGAUGAACAAAAUGAUAGACUCUAUAUUAAAAAAAAAAAGUUGACGCCAAAUUCUUUUGACUUUAUAUUAAAAUUAAAAGUAAAAAAAAAAGGAAGUAAUAUUAAAUGACAAAAAAUUAUCACGUUAAAGUAUAAUGUAAGAAGAAUUUCAAAAAAAAAAAAAUGAAGCGUGUGAGUGAGAAAGAGAAUAAGAGAGAGAGAAAGAAAACAGAUGGCAUCCUAUUGUGGGGUUAAUAACUCUCAAAAUCCUUGUAAACUAAUAGUUUUUAUACGAGAGAGCGCACGUAAAAAAAUAAAAAAAGGAGAAUAUGCAAAUUUCUACGUGAAGAUUAAAAAAAAAACUUUAAAAAAAAAUUGCAAUGCUAAAAGGUUUUAGGGGAAAGAGAUUAAAAGAAAAAAAGGGAGAAGAAUAAGAAGAAAUCUGUGAGCGCUUAGAGACGUUGUUGUUUUAAAUUUCACAGUUAAAAUUUUAUUAAUUCUUGUGAAUAAUUUAUUUAUUUCCAAAAAAAAAAACACAAUAUUGCAACACUGUGUAAAUUCUAAUAAAUGAUUAAGUAGAAGUAUGUAAUUAUUGUCUCUUUAGGUGGAAAGAUUAAUGCAAAAAAAAACAUGAGGGGAGAUUGAAAAAAAUUUAAAAAAAAAAGAACCUAAACCACAAAAAGAUGCAAAUUUUCAGAGCAACAAAAAAAAACUGAGAGAGUGACGUGAAGUAAUAAAAAAAGAAAGAAAAUAAUCGAUUAUAUAUGAUGAAAAUAUAUUACAAUAUAAAUAGGUACAGUUUUUUCAAUUUAUAACAUGAAAAAAAAAUGAGAAUGAAGUGAGAGAAAAAGAGUAGUAGAGUAUAUAAAUAAAAUUAUGUAAUUAAAGUGAGAAAAAAAAGAGAAAAAAAUUGAAAAAUGCAAAAGAAGGAAAAACAACACGUGAAAAUAAUUCAGAGAGAGAGAGAGAAAUCUAUUUAAUGUGAAAAGUUGUUUUUUUUUUCUUUCUUCAAAAGCACGGGAAAGAAAAGCAAAUUGAAUGUAUGAAAAAAAGAAAUGUAUUUCGAAUGCGUGUGUUUGUGUGUGUGAAAAACGUGUAGAUAUUUUGAUGCGAAUGUGAGGCAUAAUUAUUAUUUUUAAGGUGAGAAAAUGAAAGAAAAAAAAAUGAGGAAAACAUUUCCUAAUAAAAAAAAAAAUAUCAAAUUUUUAAGAAACAUUGUACCACAAAAACCUAAUUCAAUAGACCGUGAAGAAAAUGACGAUUUUUCAUUAAAAAAAAUCAUUUUUUUUUGUUGUAAAAAUGCCACAGGGAUGAAAGGAAAGAGAUUGUGCUGGAAUUCUUAAUAAAAAAAACUUGCCAUCUGUGGCAAAAAAAUUCCUCAAACUUCAAUGUAAUUCCAAGAGAUUGUGUUUUUUUUUCACGUUAAAAUGCCUGAAAAUUCAUCCUUUUUCCACAUUUUCUUUUCUCUAAUUUCCAAUUGCAAAAAAAACAUACACAAAACACAUUAAACUUAAAGAGAUUGGAAAGAAAAAAUGCGAGGAAAUUGAAUUUUUUGUAUUCAAAAAGGGAAGAAGGAGGAAAGAUUUUAUUUUUGGGUUAAGUGGUUAGUGCAUGGAUAUCAUGACUUAACGACCUUUGGUUCGAAUCUUAAUAAAAACUGUUUUUUUUUUUAAAUAUUUUAUGGAUUUUUUUUGUUGAAAUUGCUUAAAGAUCUUUUUUCAAUGAUUUUUUCAUUCAAAAACUUAAAUUUUGAAGGAUUGUGAACCAUUGAAAUUGUUUUUGAAAGGUCACUGAAAUACAAUUUUUUCUUUGGAAUAAAAAGGAGUUUAUUCAUCAACAUGUAAUAAGAAUGUGUAGGGGUAACUGGGGUAAAAUGGUGAACGAGAAAAAAAAUAAUGAUAGGCCUUAUUCAGCGACCAAGAAACCCAUGAAAUCUUUUAAUUUUGUAGGGGAAGACGGGGUAAUUUGGCCACUUUGGCAAAGUCAUUAAUGGGAAUAUCUCAAGUAUGGUAAAUGCUAGAAAAUCCAUUUCUCCACAGUUUAUACUCCCCAUAGAGAUAAUCAAUCGUACCAAGUUUGAGGAAAAUCCGAUCAUUAGAUUUUCUUUUAUUUGAUAAAAAUCAUUUUUUCACUUUUUCAAGUGCUUUUGGCAUUUUGAAUGUACGUCAUUUUCGAAAAAUUUUUAAAACUUAAAAAUUAACUUUUAAGCCAUUAAGGGUCAUUGAUCCCUCAUAAACACGAUAGUGACAUCCAUUUUCCGAUAUCUCAAACAGAUUUUCCUGUGGAAAUGGUUUUAUCCGGAAAAUUGGAGUGGGGUAAUUUGGCCACUUGAGUUUUUCCGGCACAUUUUCCGACGCACAUUUAAGAUAUUUAUUGUGGUUGUGCCUUUUAAUAUUUUCUUACAGAUUAUAAGCAAAGUAGGAUAAAAAAUUUUAUCUAAAAAAAGAAAUUUACGAUAAUUUGAAAAAUGGCCUUUUUUAGACUUUGCCCGUUUAUGGUUCAGAAAAUGAUAAAGUUUGAGGCUCUGUUAAAUAUUUUUAUAUGGCAAAUUACUGGAAAUGAAUCUUAGAUAAAUAUCCUAUCUUCCAAAAAAAUAAUCGAAAAAAUAAAAUUUUUUUAUUGUUCAAAAAUUUUCAUGUUUAAUAAUUUGUGCGCCAAAGUGUCCAAAUUACCCGUGCUCGGGGUAAUUUGGCCACUAAGCUAAGGGUCCAGGAAAAUGGAAAAUUCACCCAUUUCUCAUCGAGAUAGAGAAAAGUGUUAUAUGGGAAAGUUGUAGGCCGGAACAUUUCCUACAAAAUAGGGCUAUUUGUUUUUUUUCGUACUACCACACUUGCUUGAUAUAUCCCAAAAAACCCCAAAGUAGCCAAAUUACCCGUCAUCCCCUACUGAAAUUUUAAGAUUUCAAGCGAAUUUUAAGGGUUUCUUAGUCGCUGAAUUAGGCCCAAUAUCUCAAAAAGUAGUUAUCAUGGGAAAAUUCAAUGAUUUUCAUGGAAUUCAGGAAAAAAAUAUCUACCGAAAAUUCCCUAUUUUACCCCAGAUUCCCCUAUACUAUCAAUAUAUGCGUUAUCUUGCACAGGGAUUUAAUGAAAAAUGGAGAAUUUUUCAUACUUUUCGUUUUUUUUUUACUGAAAUCAGCUGCUGGAAAAAUAUUCCCUUAAAAAUGCAAACAAUGACGUCAUUUAUGUGAUUUUUGUUUUUUGUUUUGAAUAUAUGAAACAUUACACAAUGUUUCAUCGAUGAUUUUUGUCAAGGUAUUCAUGAAACAUUUUUGAAAAUAUUUCUCAUAUAGAUCGUGAAUGACGAUGAAACUUUGUUUCGCCGGAAGUAACAAAAAUCUUCUGAUUAACAUCCACAGAAUAAAUAUCUUGAUAAAAGAGGGCAUGUUUCAAUGUUUUUAUGUUUCACGUUGAACGCGAAAUGGGUUAAUUCGAUCAACAAAUAAAAACAAAAUUAAUUAAUUUUAUUUACAAGAAAAUGGAUUUUUAUGCGGAAAAUUCGGAAAACUCACUAAAUUCAAAUUAUUUUCAGAAAAUUAAAUAUUUUGAAAAAUGUUUCAAAAGCAGACGAAACAUCAGCACAAAUGCUUCGUGUAUUGAAUCUUUUGGUGACUGCAUGAGACAACGUUGAAACAUUUAAAGGGCAUUUCUCACAUAAAGUUUUUUCUUUGAUAUUUUAUAUAAAAUCUUGACGCAUUUAUUACUUGGGAGAGUUAUAAAUUUAAUUUAAUUUUUUUGCGUCCGCAUGAAACAUAGAAACAUUGAAAGAUGCGGCCAUUUUAUUACGAUAUUUAUUUUAGAAAUGCUCUGAGGGGAUAUUUCUUGGCCAAAACGUCUUCUUAGACCUAUUCUACGUAAAAUUAACGAAUUUAUAUUUCCUAAAAAUAAUUAAAUUAAUUUAAAUUGAUGAUAAUUCAAACUUUCACUUAUGAAGGAAACACAAAAAAAACAUGUUGGUGACGUCAUUGUUUAUAAAUAUUUUCAGAAAAAUCUGUUUGAGUUUUCUCUGCUGAUUUCAGUAUUUUUUCUAAAUCUAUUGCGGUCCUUAAUUCUUAAAGAAUUCUUAAGAAUAUAUGAAAGAGGACAUGACCUGAGUAUAAAUGAAUAUACUCCUUUCAACAAAUUUUAGAAAAAUAAUAAAUAUUUAUUAGCUAAAAUACCACAAUCCCAAACAUAAAAAAUCUUUCCUUAACUUCCUUAAAUCCUCACAAAUCAGCUCAAUUUUUUAUGUCUAAUUUUUUCUCAAAAUCAAUUUAAUAAAAAAAAAAACAAAUAGAGCAGACAUUUUUGUUUUUUAUAAAAAUUCAUAAAACAUUAAAUGGAAAAGAAUAAGAAAAUUUAGCAAAAGAAAACAACGUGCUGUGCAGGAAAUUUCAUUUAAACCGAGAUGAAUGUUUCAGAAAGUCUCAAUUGUGUUCCAAUAAAAGCAAAGAAAAAUUCCUCAAGAGUAAAAGUAAAAAAAAAAAGUUUAAAAAGUGGAGAAGAAAGGAUGUGAGUGAAAUGUUUUUCUUUCUCACGCUGGAUAGAGCAAUACUUGGAGAGUCGAAAAGGGCUUUUUUUUUUAAAUUAAAAAAAAAAAGUUUUAGGGCAUUUCAUUGAUUUUCCGCGAAUUAUUAUUUUUUUCAAUUUUUUUCCGUGGGUUUUCAGAAGAACUUUUGUAUUGGAAAUUGUUUUUUUAUUGCUAAUAUUUUCUGUUUUAUUUAUUUUUUAGUUUUUCUUCGAGAAAACAUUGCUCAAAAUAUGAAGUGAAAACAUAUUUUUUAUUUCUCUAAAUAAGGUUUUUUUGCGCGCUCGUCAUUGCCUAUUUUUUUUAAAUUUAAUUUGAAGCAUCUCACUUUUCAUUUUUAUUUUUUAUUAAAUUGAAAAAUUUCUGUUUUUAAUGGCCGCAAAGUGGAAAGAAAAAUUUAUAAUUGUUUUGCGAAAAUAUUUAAGGAAUUUCUUUAGAUUUCAAUGGAAAUUUUUAUUUUAUUUAUAAAACUAUUCAAAAAAAAAAAAUAAAAGAAGUUGCAAAAGAACUUUUUUUUUCAACAAGACUAAAGUUUCUUUUUUAUUAAAAAAAAUCAGAAAAUAAGACCUAUCCAGUGAACAAGAAACCCUUGAAAUCUUUAAAAUUUAUACUGAAAUUUCAAGAUUUUAAGCGAAUUUCAUGGGUUUCUUGAUUUCUGCAUAAGGGGCUCAAUGUUUGUGAAAAAUGAAAACUAACUUUGCGGCUAAUUUGAAAAAAAGUAAAACUUCAUUAAUCCGUAAAAGCUUUUUCUUCAAAGUAAUUUCAUUUCAUUAAAAUUAAAUCCGAAAGAAUAACGCUGUGACAUUAAAAAAUAUAAUAUUUAUCAAUUAGAUUUUUCAAAAAAAAAAAGUGAAUACAUUUUUCAAAAAUAAAAUGUGUUGUUUCAAUCCAUCUCUCGAAUAUUCUAAACAAACCAAAAAAGUUCAAAAAGAAAACUUUUUAAAAAGAAAAAAAAAUAUUGAGAGAAGGAAUAACAACGAAAGUGAAAAAAAAGAAACUUAUAAUAAUGAAUAAUAGAGAAAAUUUACUAUUGAACUAAAGAGAUAAUGCUUUUGAUGACGUAAAAAAAGUAAAUGAAAAACCUUAAAAAAUAGGCAUUAAGUAUUUGUAAAAAAAAUUACUAAAAUGUGAAUUUUUCAGGAAUGAAAAUGAUGAAAUAAAAGAAAAAUAAAUCGAGGUAGAUGAGCCACAGUGUUAUAGCAAUUCUGACGAACAAAAAGAAAGAAAAAGAUUUUCUUUUGCCAUUUAACCAGAGAAAAUUAUUUAUCAAAAUGAAGCAAUUUUUUGAGUUUUUCAAAACGCGAUUUUUAAUACAAAUUCCAGGAAUGAAGAAACAAAAAAAAAGUAGCGUGAAAUGCAACUUUGAAAAAAAAAGUGAAAUUCUCUGAAGAAACCACAGAAGAUGAAAAACUAAGAUUAAAAAAAAUCAUGAAAAUAAUAGUAAAAAAAAAAGAAAAAAAUAGUCUCUCAUACAUUUACUAUUUAAAGAAAAAAAAAUAAUGAAAAAUGAAAAACAGAAAAUAAUCUCUAAUUAAACAGUGUUAGUAAAUAAUGAAAAAAAAAAUAAUCACCAAUCAUGAUAACCGUAAACUUAUCCAAGAAAAAAAAAGAAACUCCAUCUCCUGCAGACGAAGAAAACACGAAGCGUUUGAAGGACAAAAAAAAUUUUCUCAGCGUACUUUUAGGACUCACUAAACCCUCGGCAAAAAGGCGAAAAAAAGAUGAAGAAAAAAUUAAGCAAAAAAAAAGAAACAAUUCAAGGAAAAUCAAGUGGAAAAAAAAUGAAAGAAUAAAAAAACAUGGACAAAAAAGAGUAAUUGAGAAAAUAAAGUAAAAAAAAAACUAAUUAAUAUGUAUUAUUAAAUAAAAGUGAAAAAGGAAAAUGAAAAUGGAAAAAGAGCCUAGUGUAUUAUUAAUAUAUAUAUAAAAUAUUAUUAUGAUUAUUAUUACUUAUUAUUAUUAUGAACUUAUGAAAGAAAAAAAAAGGAAGAAAACCAUA